AUGAAGCCCUUCAGGCUUCGUAGCCUCAGCGUGGCCGCCUUCUUCCUGGCAGCUGCGAACAUUGUUCAUGGUUCUGUCAACCUGCAAGCGACCGUGUUGUACACUGCAUCAAACGACUGCACGGCCUCGACAGGGACUCCGGUGCUGGUGACGGCGACUCCCGAUUCAGGCGGGGCGUGCGCACAAAGCACUACGUGUACCGAAACACCCGCCAGUUCUUCGCUGUACCCAGCCACCACGUGCCCCACCACGGAUGGCACCGCUACCGGCGGCUUCAUUGGAACUGAUGUGCGAGCGUUGUUUGGCUCUAGCCCCUACGUGGUUGUGGAAGAAUUCACAACGGGGAAAAAUUGCGCAACCGAUGGCGAUAUCACUAAAAUUACAGUGUACCUGGCGGACGGCAAGUGCCACAAGACGGGUGCAUCGAGUAGCUACCGCGCCACGCGUAAGGCUGACGGCUCGGCGACGGUCACGCCGUACACGGAUGCGACGUGCACGGCUGCCGGGACGGUAUUGACAGUGACGGCAGCGCAGGCGACGAACAACGCGUGCGACACAAGUGUGAAUGGCAUUGCAGAUACGAAGGUGUAUGGUGCGGGAGCGACUCCGCUCUCUGCUCCGUACACGGGUACGUUGUGCAGUUCAACGCUCGCGUACAAAACUGACAUGGCUGCUGCGUUCGGCUCGAACCCGUACGUGAUCGUGGAGAAGUACAACAUCGGGAAGUCUUGUGCCGCGGCCGAGCUAUCCGGGAUCACGACAUACCUGGCGGACGGCAAGUGCCACAAGACGGGUGCGUCGAGUAGCUACCGCGCCACGCGUAAGGCUGACGGCUCGGCGACGGUCACGCCGUACACGGAUGCGACGUGCACGGCUGCCGGGACGGUGUUGACAGUGACGGCAGCGCAGGCGACGAACAACGCGUGUGAUGGGACGGCGAAUGGCAUUGUAGAUACGAAGGUGUAUGGUGCGGGAUCGACUCCGCUCUCUGCUCCGUACGCGGGUACGUCGUGCAGUUCAACGCUUGCGUACAAAACUGACAUGGCUGCUGCGUUCGGCUCGAACCCGUUCGUGAUCGUGGAGAAGUACAACGUGGGGAAGUCUUGCGCUGCGGCCGAGCUAUCCGGGAUCACGACAUACCUGGCGGACGGCAAGUGCCACAAGACGGGUGCGUCGAGUAGCUACCGCGCCACGCGUAAGGCUGACGGCUCGGCGACGGUCACGCCGUACACGGAUGCGACGUGCACGGCUGCCGGGACGGUAUUGACAGUGACGGCAGCGCAGGCGACGAACAACGCGUGUGAUGGGACGGCGAAUGGCAUUGCAGAUAGGAAGGUGUAUGGUGCGGGAGCGACUCCGCUGUACUUGACAUCAACGGUGAACUACGACUCGGAUGCGAACUCGUGCAAGUCGGGUCUGCCGUCAUACGUGACGAUGGCGGUUGUCAAUGUUGAUGCGUGUGCGGCUACGGCUGUUUGCACUGGAAGCUCAGCUCCGUACGCGGGUACGUCGUGCAGUUCAACGCUCGCGUACAAAACUGACAUGGCUGCUGCGUUCGGCUCGAACCCGUACGUGAUCGUGGAGAAGUACAACGUGGGGAAGUCUUGUGCUGCGUCCGAGCUAUCCGGGAUCACGACAUACCUGGCGGACGGCAAGUGCCACAAGACGGGUGCGUCGAGUAGCUACCGUGCCACGCGUAAGGCUGACGGCUCGGCGACGGUCACGCCGUACACGGACGCGACGUGCACGACUGCCGGGACGGUAUUGACAGUGACGGCAGCGCAGGCGACGAACAAUGCGUGUGAUGGGACGGCGAAUGGCAUUGCAGAUACGAAGGUGUAUGGUGCGGGAUCG